AUGGCCCUACACGACGCCAGUAUAGCCGACAAGAUGCGCUGGGCUGCCAAGCGCGAAACCAAGCGCAGGGAGGACAUCGCCUACUGUCUGCUUGGUUUGUUCGAUGUCAACAUGCCUCUACUGUAUGGAGAAGGCUCCAAGGCCUUUAUACGUCUUCAGCAAGAGAUAUUGAGAGAGACAAACGACCAGUCUAUAUUUCUUUGGGCAAUAGAACCCCAAGGCGCUUCGGCAAUCGACAAUCUCCACGGACUACUUGCUAGCUCCCCCGAGUCAUUCUCACGCCUUGAGAUGAAUAACGUUCGCCCGAUGCCACCAUUAGAAUCGAACGAGAGCGUGCCAGUCGGCAUCACAAGUCAAGGUCUCCGGACAAGUAUGCAGCUCAUCCCAAUUGUCCCCGAAGGAGACGAUUAUUUUGCCGUGCUGGACUGCACGGUUUCCACGCCUUCGACACCUGUCGCAAAACAAGCGCCUUGUAUAUUUCUUAGGCGCCUAUGGGGUGACCAAUUUGCUCGCAUUCCUUGGACAGUACCUUACGGUGUGCAAUUUGUGCAAAACAACCUGGAUGGGUUUCAGCGAAAGGGCGCAAUCACCACAAUCUACGUUAAACAAACCCCAUUCUACAUUCUGCCGGAAAUUGAAAUCAGAACAUACGCCCAGGGCGAUUACAGCGACGUUGUGUCUUCUUCAAUCUCGAUCAUGGAGGCGUAUCCGCCAGAUCGAUUCAGCACGACCCAGUCCAUCGUGCGGACUGGUGAGCCCAAGUCAGGUCAAACCAUUGUCAUCCUGCGAUUCGGAGAUCAUCUACUUAAGCCGCUGUUUGAUCUUUCUGUUGGCCUGUUACGCAUCGGAAAGCAAUGGGAAGUGCAGUAUAAGAAGCACCCGUACAUCGACACUCAGCUUAAAGAAGUAUAUCUAAAGGACCCGCAACUUGUGUUUGAGUCUGGAACAGAAGUAUGCGACAAAUCUGGAGACGCAGGGCUUCUGACCAUCCAUACGACGGAACAAAACCAACGUGGUAGACGGUUCGUACAAUUGGAGGUCUUCUUUACGCAGCAGCCAAAUCCCGCCACUUCGACAAAUGGGACCGGGUACGCGAUCGUGAACGCGGAAGCUGCCAUUACAAAAGCGAGCUUUGUGACAGAUAUUGCCGAUCUGGUCGCAUCAGCAACACGCAAAUGCUGCUAUCAGGAUACCCUAUGCCGAAUAAUUUCCAAUCCUUCACAGUCCCCAGACGGAGUCAGAACAAGACCAGCGGAACGAGGUCGGGAUUUUGCAGCAAAUCUGACCUUGGAUGUCAUCAGCCAUGACAAACCAUACGCAGAUAUGGUUCGCGCUAUACAUAAGAAGGAUCUAUCCAAGAUCAAAUCCUUGGCCGCUGAGAAUAAAGCUCUGAUUGAGUGUCAGGCGGAAGAAUUCGACGACUUUCGACCUAUUCACUGGGCCGCUGCUCAGUGGACUUCUCAAGAUAAAUUCCGGAUCAUUAAAAAGCUGAUCAACCUGAAGGUAGACGUCAGAAGUCGGACCAGAGGCGGAUGGAUGGCUAUACACCUAGCCAUCUUGACCGAGAACUUUCCAGUUGUGCUCUAUCUUUUGGAAAAGUCUAGACGGUCGCGUGGCGAGUGGGACUUAACAACUGCAACAGGGGAAACCCUCUCGCACUUGCUUGCCGCGUAUGCACAAGACCUGUCGUGGGGCGAUAAAUAUUGGAUGUCGAAUACCUCCAAGGGCAAGGUCAUAGACGCCUUGGUCAUCAGGCGCAUGGCAGAAACUCGGGUGAAUUCCCGUGGUGAGCUGCCUAUUCACAGGGCUGUUGCCAAUGGAAACACUGCUGCGUUAGAAAUUGGCAAGCUACUGGAGACUGCUGAUAUCAAUGCCGCAGACAAUGCUGGUCGCACCGUGCUCUUUCAUGCGGCUUGUGGUGGAAGCAGGCAGAUCAUUGAGAGGCUAACCAAUGUGGGAGCUUCACUUGAGACGGCCGACUCUCACGGUCGGACUCCGGCGCAUGCUGCUGUCAUGGCUGACCAGCCUGACGCUCUGGGUAUACUGCUAGACCUGAACGCCGACCCAGACGCGACGACUACUGCUAUCGGACUAACUCCUCUUCAUUUCGCAUGUCUUUACGGAUUCUCGGACUGUGUUGCAAGGCUACUAAAUGCUCCGAAACCUGCCGCGUUGAAUUCUUGGUCAACUGAUGGUGCAUCUUUCCAGCCUAUACACCUCGCCGUCGCAAAUCAACAUGCAAGUUGUAUCGAAGAGCUUUUCAAGGCUAGCUGUAGCAUCAACGGCAGUUGUAACAGCUAUUUGAAGCUAAAGGAAGCACAAAACGAAUGUUUAGAGGAGGCCGAAGUGGUAUUUCUCCCCAAGCUUAUGGCACCGCUCGAGCUUGCCAUGUUUUUGGGAAACAAUGAAAUAGCUUCCUUGUUGUCGGCUUUAUCCAAAGAUAUCGUACACGUGGGGCCGUUUUAUUAG